CAAAAUAAAGUGAGAGAAGGAGACUGCAGGCUUAGUGUGAGAGACGGCACAUCGGAACUGAUAGAUAGCAGGGAGGGGGACAGCAGAGAGUGAGACGGCAGGAUAGAGCUGAGUGCACGUGAUUGCAGGCAGAGACGGCAGGACAGAGCUGAGUGCAUGUGACUGCAAGGAGAGACGGCAGGACAGAGCUGAGUGCAGGGAGAGACGGCAGGGAUGAGAUAGAAGAUCCGAGGAGACUACACGGAGUAGAUGAAAGGAGUUGGUAUAGGAGAGUAACACAGAGACUGCAAAGUAGAAGCAGAGAGUGACGAGACAUGCAGGGGAGGAGAGGGACAGAGUGUGCAGAGGAGUGAGGGCAGUAAAUCAGUGAGGGGGACAGGAUGAGGAGGGACACAUUAAAUACACUCGAGUGAGUAAAGCACAGAGGGGAGGGAGACACUGAGAGACUGCAGGAGACAGACGGCCCGCAGAAGCCUUCCAGGUGGUGUGUGCAGGAGAGUGCACUCAGCAGUCAGCAAGCAGAGAGUGCACUCGGCAGAGAGCAGGCAGCAGGCACAGAGUGCACUCAGCAGAGAGCAGGCAGGUAGCAGGCAGCGAACUCUCCGCAGAGACGGACCGAGCCGAGUGCACUCAGCAGACGGCAGGGAAUGUAUUGAGCGGAUCGGACGGGGAUCAGAGCGACAGACCUAAUGUGACCGGAGAGCAGCCCUACCCUGUGGAUCAUACUGAGGGAGCUGCCCGGGGACCCCGCACCGGCCCCUGGGGCAGGCAGUGGAGCUUCAUCCAGCGCUUUUGCUCCAGUGGCUUCUGAAGGGGUCCUGCUGCCAUGGGAGGCCAAGCUCGGGGGAGACAAGGAUCGGAUCCCGGGGGCGUGAGGUGGCUGCUGUGCCCCUUAACACUCCUACUGUGUGUACAAGGGCUAGUAUGUACGUCGGAGUGUUCGUGUGGACGUAAUCACUUCACGUGCGCGGUCAGCGCCUUCGGGGAAUGCACGUGCAUCCCUGCGCAAUGGCAGUGCGACGGAGACAACGACUGCGGGGAUCACAGCGACGAAGACGGCUGCAUGCUGCCCACCUGUUCCCCGAUGGACUUCCACUGCGACAACGGCAAGUGCAUCCGACGCUCGUGGGUUUGCGAUGGCGACAACGACUGCGAGGACGAUUCGGACGAGCAGGACUGCCCUCCCAGGGAGUGCGAAGAAGACGAGUUCUCCUGCCAGAAUGGAUACUGUAUCCGCAGCCUGUGGCAUUGUGACGGCGACAAUGACUGCGGUGAUAACAGCGACGAGCAGUGCGACAUGCGGAAGUGUUCGGAGAAAGAGUUCGGCUGUGCAGAUGGGAGUUGCAUUGCUGAGCAUUGGUUUUGCGAUGGAGACACGGACUGCAAGGAUGGGUCAGACGAGGAAUCUUGCCCCUCGGACGUUCCGGCUCCCAGCUGCAGCGUGGAAGAGUUCCAGUGCGCGUACGGGCGCUGCAUCCUGGACAUUUAUCACUGCGAUGGCGACGACGACUGCGGAGACUGGUCCGAUGAAUCAGACUGCUCCUCUCACCAGCCCUGCCGCUCGGGAGAGUUUAUGUGUAACAGCGGCCUGUGUAUCAAUUCCGGCUGGCGUUGUGACGGAGACUCGGACUGCGAUGACCAAUCGGAUGAAAGGAAUUGCACGACCUCCGUCUGUACCGCCGACCAGUUCCGCUGCAGCUCCGGACGCUGUGUGCGGCUCUCCUGGAGGUGCGAUGGAGAGGACGACUGCUCGGAUAACAGCGAUGAGAUGGGCUGUGAGAAGACGGGAACCCCGCAGUGCGCUCAGGACCAGUUUCUGUGCAGUAACGGCCGCUGCAUUGGUCAACGGAAGCUCUGCAACGGCGUGAACGACUGCGGGGACGGGAGCGACGAAAGCCCCCAUCAAAACUGCCGACCUCGCACUGGAGAGGAGAACUGUAAUAACCAGAACGGGGGCUGCGCACAGAAGUGCCAGACCGUGCGCGGCUUGGUGCAGUGCUCGUGUCACACGGGAUACAGGUUGAUGGAGGACGGGAGAUCCUGCCAGGACGUGAAUGAAUGUGCUGAGGAGGGCUAUUGUAGCCAAGGCUGCAGCAACACCGAGGGCGGAUUCCAGUGCUGGUGUGAAGCGGGAUACCAGCUUCGGCCGGACAAGCGCAGCUGCAAGGCUCUCGGACCUGAGCCGGUUCUACUCUUUGCAAAUCGGAUUGACAUUCGACAGGUGCUGCCUCAUCGCUCGGAAUAUACGCUUCUUCUGAAUAACUUGGAGAACGCCAUCGCCCUGGACUUUCACCACCACCACGAGCUGGUCUUCUGGUCCGAUGUCACCCUAGACCGUAUCAUGAGAGCUAAUCUCAACGGGAGCAACGUGGAGGAGCUGGUGUCCACGGGCCUUGAGAGUCCGGGGGGUCUGGCUGUCGACUGGAUUCAUGACAAGCUCUUCUGGACGGACUCCGGCACCUCCCGUAUUGAAGUCUCCAAUCUAGAUGGCUCUCAUCGAAAGGUCCUUAUGUGGAGCAACCUAGAGAAGCCGCGAGCCGUUGCUGUGCACCCUAUGGAGGGCACCAUCUACUGGACGGAUUGGGGUAACACACCUCGCAUUGAGUAUGCUUGCAUGGAUGGGUCGAACAGAAAAGUCAUUGCAGACACGCACCUCUUCUGGCCCAAUGGGUUGACCAUUGACUAUGCUGGGCGGCGCAUGUACUGGGUGGAUGCCAAGCAUCACGUUAUAGAAAGGGCAGAUCUGGAUGGGUCCAAUCGCAAAGCGGUGAUCAGUCAAGGUCUGCCUCACCCGUUUGCCAUCACCGUUUUUGAAGACAGUCUGUACUGGACCGACUGGCAUACGAAAAGCAUAAACAGCGCCAAUAAAUUCACAGGCAAGAAUCAAGAAGUAAUCCGGAGCAAGCUGCACUUUCCCAUGGAUAUUCACACGCUGCACCCCCAACGCCAGCCUGCGGGGAUAAACCGUUGUGGUGCCAACAAUGGCGGCUGCUCCCACCUGUGCCUCCCCAGCGGGAAUACUUACAUCUGCGCUUGUCCAACUGGGUUUCGCAAGACAGGCCAUCAAACCUGCGCCAAAAGUCUUGACAAGUUCCUGCUUUUUGCCCGAAGGACGGACAUCCGGAGGAUCAGCUUUGACACCGAGGAGAUGUCCGACGAUGUCAUCCCGCUAUCCGACGUGCGCAGCGCGGUGGCUCUGGACUGGGACUCUACCUACGACCACAUGUACUGGAGCGACACCACCACCGACUCCAUCAACCGCGCCAAGUGGGAUGGAAGCGGCCAGGAGGUGGUCAUAGAUACAAGUUUGGAAAGUCCAGCUGGGUUGGCCAUCGACUGGAUAACUCAUAAACUGUAUUGGACAGAUGCAGGCACCGAUCGCAUUGAAGUUGCGAAUACAGAUGGAUCCAUGCGCAGUGUUCUGAUCUGGGAAAACUUAGACCGUCCCCGAGAUAUUGUUGUAGAUCCUAUAGGAGGGUUCAUGUAUUGGACGGACUGGGGAGCAAACCCAAAGAUAGAACGUGCGGGGAUGGACGCCUCCGGCCGGAUGGUCAUUAUCUCGUCCAACCUAACGUGGCCAAAUGGACUUGCCAUAGACUACGAGUCCGACAGGCUUUACUGGGCUGAUGCUGGUAUGAAAACCAUAGAGUCUGCCAGGCUGGAUGGAGAUGACCGACAGGUGUUGAUAGAUUCCGACCUCCCUCACCCAUUCGGGCUGACGCUAUACGGGGAUAGGAUUUACUGGACCGACUGGCAGUCUAAAAGCAUAGAGAGUGCAGAUCGCAAGACGGGACUCGGACGCAAAACCGUGCGUGAGAACUUGGAGAACCUGAUGGACAUUCAUGUGUUCCAUCGCCACCGAACCCAAGCAGUUCAGUCGACGUGCUCCAGUAAUAAUGGCGGCUGCAGCCACAUCUGUCUUCUGUCGCCCCAGCCAAAAGGUCACAGCUGUGCUUGUCCAACAGGCGUUAAUCUACUUGGAGACGGAAGGACCUGUUCUUCAGGAAUGGACCGCUUCCUGAUAUUUGCUCGCAGGACAGACAUCCGCUCCGUCUCCUUGGAUAUCCCGUAUUUUGCUGAUGUUGUGGUUCCCGUUAACGUGACCAUGAAAAACACAAUAGCCGUCGGCGUGGAUCCCUUAGACGGAUUGGUAUAUUGGGCAGACAGUACUUUAAAGAAAAUCAGCAGAGCGGCUCUGGAUGGCUCCGGUCACCAGGACAUCAUAACCACCGGAUUGGUCACCACGGAUGGCUUGGCAGUGGAUGCCAUUGGCCGCAAAGUAUACUGGACAGACACUGGUACAAAUAGAAUCGAGGUGGCGAACAUGGAUGGUUCCAUGCGGAAGGUUCUUGUAUGGCAGAAUCUUGGAAGCCCUCGAGCCAUCGCCCUGUACCAUGAAAUGGGAUAUAUGUACUGGUCGGACUGGGGUGAGAAUGCCAAGCUAGAGCGGGCAGGAAUGGAUGGCUCGGACCGAAUGGUGUUAAUAAGUAUGAACUUGGGAUGGCCCAACGGACUGGCCGUGGAUAAGGCUGGGUCUCAGCUUCUCUGGGCAGAUGCACAUACUGAGAGGAUAGAAGCCUCGGACCUCAUGGGCAGAAACAGAAGGAUCUUAGUGUCUCCCGUCCAUCAUCCCUAUGGCCUGACUCUCCUGGGCGCGCACAUUUACUGGACAGACUGGCAGACGCGCAGCAUUCAGAGGGCCGAUAAAGACACUGGGGCAAACAUCAUCAUAGUCAGGGAUAACUUGGCAGGUCUCAUGGACAUUCAGGCUGUGGACAGAACCCACGCUCUAGGGUAUAACAAAUGCGGAGAAAGAAAUGGUGGUUGCUCCCAUCUGUGUCUUCCCAACGCUGUCGGCUAUUCCUGUGCCUGUCCCACUGGUAUCCAGCUGAGAAAGGAUGGGAGGACGUGUGAUUCCUCUCCAGAUACAUAUCUCCUGUUCUCCAGCCGAGGCUCCAUUCGCAGAAUUUCACUGGACACCGAUGACUACACCGAUGUAUACGUCCCUAUCCAGGAGCUCCACAAUGUCAUCUCCUUGGAUUAUGACAGUGUGGAAGGCAAAAUUUACUACACGGAUGUCUUCCUGGAUGUUAUCAGGAGGGCAGACUUAAGCGGUGCUGACAUGGAGACUGUUAUCGGUGAGGGACUGAAGACCACAGAUGGUCUGGCUGUGGAUUGGGUGGCCAGAAAUUUAUACUGGACGGACACGGGUCGGAACACCAUAGAGGUGUCGCGGCUGGAUGGCCGAUACCGAAAAGUCUUGAUUAACAACAGUCUUGAUGAGCCCCGGGCAAUCGCUGUAUUCCCAAGGAAGGGUUUCCUUUUCUGGAGCGAUUGGGGUCAGGUUGCAAAGAUUGAAAGAGCUCACCUGGAUGGUUCUGACCGCAGGACUAUCAUUAACACUGAUCUUGGAUGGCCUAAUGGACUGACGUUGGACUAUGACACCCGCAGGAUAUUUUGGGUGGAUGCCCACCUUGAUCGUAUUGAGCAUGCCGACCUAAAUGGCAAAAUGCGUCAGGUGCUGAUUAAUCAGAUGUCUCAUCCCUUUGCUCUGACACAGGAAGGUCGCUGGAUCUACUGGACAGACUGGCAAACUAAAUCCAUCCAGCGGGUGGAUAAAUACUCCGGCCAAAACCAGGAGACAAUUUUGGCCAACGUGGAAGGACUGAUGGACAUCAUCGUGGUGUCUGCUCACAGACAAACAGGAAGUAAUCCUUGUGGAGUAAAUAACGGCGGCUGCUCCCACCUCUGCUUUGCCCGAAGUUAUGACUUUGUGUGCGCCUGUCCUGAUGAUCUGGAUUCAGAAAUCUGCUCCCUUGUUCCGGGUUUCUUACCUUCUGCUCCACUGCCUACAAACAACAGUGAGAAAAACCGUGGCCCUCUCAGCCCCAACACGCAAAGUGAACGAGGAGACAGCGACCUCGGGGUGACAGCUGGGAGCUGCUCGGAUGAGGAGGCAUCUCGAGGACUUUGUGCAUCCAAUGGUGCCGUUACAGCCAGUACAGGGGACAGACUGCGUGUGCCAUACAUCAUCGCCGGGUCACUUUCUUUGUUGUGUCUUCUGCUGCUCCUGUCUGCUCUGCUCAUAUACAGGCAUCGACGGGCCAAGUUGUCCGACCCAGGCCUUAGCACCUUAACCUACAGUAACCCUUCAUAUCGGACAUCCACUCAGGAAGUGAAAAUAGAAGCCGUGCACAAACCCGGCACGUGCCACCUACAGCGACACCGGAAAGAGGCUCUGCCUGAUAACGGGUUCACGAAAGAGAAGAUCCGAAUUUUAGAGGGUUUUGGUUUACUGUCGGGGGAAGAGUGCGACUGGGAUGACCUCAAGCAGGUGAAGCCCUCCAGGGCCAGCAUCCUCCGGGACCACGUUUGCAUUAAGACGGACACCGUGUCUCUGCAGGCCAGCACUGCCUCCCUAGAUCUUACGGAAACUCAGCAGCUGCUACAGGAGGAGCAGUCGGAAAACGGCAGCAUCAUGCUUCCCCCUACCCCUGAACGCCGCAUAUCCCUGCCAGACACCGGCUGGAGGGCUAAACACUUGCCCGCCACAGAGAGUGAAGUGUGAGGCACCAGGGGCAUGAGAUAUGAGGGGGAAGGAUGGACUUUGCUUACCCCCUUGUUAGCAUUACUCAACUAAUCAUGAGAUUCCGUAUCUGGUACGAUUGCUCGGCUCUGCUUUAUUACACUUGGACAUGGCGGGACUUCUCAGACACACAAGGCUGCCAGACAUGGGUGGGAAUUUUGUAAAUGAACUGCUGUAUAGACUGGUUUGCACUCUUCUCCGGGGUCAUAUAGGUUGUGGGGACAGCUCCUCUAUGGAUAAAUACUGAGGAACUGAGGUGGGUCUCCAUCUCUAAGGAUUUUUAUGGAGGACUUCAACACAUCGGCAUUGACGCGCACAGAUGACCCUGGUGACCACCCUCUGCGAGUGAUACCUUUUACAUCCGGGCUGUUCCUCACUGUGGAAAUAGAGGAUGGCCUUAUAUCUGUUCAAAUGCCAAGAAGACGGAACGCAAACAUGUAUUAACUAACCCCCCAGGUUCUGCGUGUCCUCCAAUGUAUUCCGGAAACGGACGUGGGCUACAGGAUCCAUGAGAAGUGGUACGGAUUAAGCACUGAUUCUCCAAGGAGUGAACAAAAUAUUAAUAAGAGAAACAAAAAUAUAGUUUUUAUACUAAGCAACAACACAAAAAAAACUUUCCUCUGCAAGGUGUUUAUUUUAUAAUGUUUUUAACCAAGAUUUCUGAAUGUUGUUUUUUUUUCUAUUUUAUUUAACCUCUGUUGGGUAUUUUAGACUUGUGAUAACUUAAUAUAAAAAUAGAUUUUCAUA